GACAUAGGGACCCAACUCUGGUAGCUCUGACAAAACACAUGGAUCUUGACCUCCCUUGGAGCAGCAUCACAGGAGGGCACCCAAACCGGACUGACGAUGGCACAGUUUCAGAGCCCACCAUGAAGAGACUCGUGGUGCUAUGCGACUGCCUCUGGGCCUGGAGCCUCCUCCUGAAUGCAUUGACUGAAAGAAGCUAUGGACAAACCUCAUUGCAAGAUGAAAUUAAAGACAACACCACAGUAUUUACCAGAAUAUUGGAUCGUCUGCUGGAUGGCUACGAUAACCGCUUGAGACCAGGACUGGGAGAGCGUGUAACUGAAGUGAAGACUGACAUCUUUGUCACCAGUUUUGGGCCUGUUUCAGACCACGAUAUGGAGUACACUAUAGAUGUAUUUUUCCGCCAAAGCUGGAAAGACGAGAGAUUAAAAUUCAAAGGACCUAUGACUGUUCUCCGAUUAAAUAAUUUAAUGGCCAGCAAAAUUUGGACACCUGAUACCUUUUUCCACAAUGGAAAGAAGUCAGUGGCUCAUAACAUGACAAUGCCAAAUAAACUACUACGAAUUACAGAGGAUGGGACAUUGCUGUACACAAUGAGAUUGACUGUGAGAGCAGAAUGUCCAAUGCAUUUAGAAGACUUUCCUAUGGAUGCACAUGCUUGCCCCUUGAAAUUUGGAAGCUAUGCUUAUACGAGAGCGGAGGUCGUGUAUGAAUGGACACGGGAGCCAGCAAGAUCAGUGGUUGUGGCUGAAGAUGGCUCUCGACUGAACCAAUAUGAUCUGCUAGGACAGACUGUGGACUCUGGAAUUGUUCAGUCCAGUACAGGGGAAUAUGUUGUUAUGACUACGCAUUUUCAUUUGAAGAGAAAGAUUGGUUAUUUUGUCAUUCAGACUUACCUGCCAUGCAUCAUGACAGUGAUUCUGUCACAGGUUUCCUUCUGGCUUAAUAGAGAAUCUGUUCCAGCAAGAACUGUAUUUGGAGUGACAACUGUCUUGACAAUGACAACCCUGAGCAUCAGCGCACGCAACUCUCUCCCCAAGGUGGCCUAUGCCACAGCCAUGGAUUGGUUCAUAGCAGUGUGCUAUGCCUUCGUGUUUUCGGCACUCAUCGAGUUUGCAACAGUGAAUUACUUCACAAAGAGAGGUUACGCGUGGGACGGCAAAAGCGUCGUUCCCGAAAAGCCAAAGAAAGUGAAGGAUCCUCUCAUUAAGAAAAAUAACACAUACACAGCUGCAGCUACAAGCUACACCCCUAAUAUUGCAAGGGACCCUGGGCUGGCAACCAUUGCUAAAAGUGCAACAAUAGAGCCCAAAGAAGUUAAACCAGAAACAAAACCUGCAGAACCCAAGAAAACUUUUAACAGCGUCAGCAAAAUUGAUCGACUAUCAAGAAUAGCCUUCCCAUUGCUUUUUGGAAUCUUUAAUUUAGUCUAUUGGGCUACCUAUUUAAACCGGGAGCCCCAGUUAAAAGCCCCAACUCCACACCAAUAACCUCACUUUCUCAUAUAGUUCUGUUUUGUUUUGUGCUGGGAAUUGCUUUUAGUUUUCACAUACAGUAAUUCCUAUUUGCUUCAUUGCCUCUGUCUUAAAGAAAAUAAAGAUUUCUUUAUUUGUCAAAAAGUAAAAUAUACCUAUAUAUUUAAAAAGCCCUGUGUGUGAGGGAAAGAGCAAUGAGCUACGUACUUUUGAAAAGUGAUUCUGAAAAAGAGAAAGGAAGAGUUCUGGCAAUGAAAAACAGGAAACCAUUUGCAGAUAGCUUAUUACUGAAUGUCCCCAAAAGAUAUUGUAUAUGUACAUGAAAAAGAUAUUUUUAUUCUAAGGAUUGUGGGGAGUGGGAAAAUGUUCUUUAUGAUGUUCAUGUUGCACAUACUAUACUGUACUUAACAUUUAUUCGAACACUGUUUAUAAACUUUUCAAGGAUGUAAAGCUUUCCAUUUGUUGAAUUCCAUAAGAUAUCUUAUUUUCCUAGCUUUUUUUCCCUUCUAUAUUCCAAACUACUUGACUUACAGUAUUAAAUGGUCUUGAAAGAAAAAGGAAAUCUGCUCACUUUAGGUACAGUUUAUCACUGUAUAGCACAUUUGAUCUAAUGGUAACAAAUGCUUUAAUCUGCUGUCUUACUGCAGUCUUGUUCUAAGCAUUAAGUUGUCACUAGACUAGAUGUAAAACCAGUUGCACAAUCAAAUGCAGAUCCCAAGUUCCCUUUGUCUCCUGUGUAAUCCAAACUACUCCUGGAGGCUUUUACAGGUAGCUUUUACACAUCACUAUGUUUUAGAGAGUUAAAAAAAAAAAAAGUUUUGCAAGCUCUAGAUAUGUUGAAUGUAUUCUUUUAUAAAAUGAUGCAUUAAAAAAGCUUUAGACUGAAAUUUAUGGAUAGCAGAAAGACAAAAUAUAGUAUUUAAAUAAUAUGUAAAUAUGCAGCAUGAGAUUGUACAUUUUUUUACUUUUUUAAAGUUGUGUUCUUAAAACAUUGUGUAGGAUUCACCUCUUAGCUCUUAAUAUGUUGUUAAAUGCUCAAUAAAACAUAUUUAGAGCCUGGAUAAAAAAAAUCAGUGGUACUGGAAAGCCUAAAAAUAUACAUAGAAAGUGCUUGGAAUUAAUUCCAUUUAUAAAGUUGUUAAGUGUACAGUAGCUUGCAAUUUGACAGUGUCAUCCAAUGUAUACUAUUAGAUUAAUGACUGGUCUGCUCAGGUCAUGCAUAAACACUAAAGUACGGGAUUAUAUUUGGUAGGUAAAAAUGGUGAAAUAUUUGUUAAGACAGAAGUUCAUCUGUAUAUUACUGCUCUAUUUGCUGAUACAUAACUGUUACAAUAAGUGAUGUAAUAUAUGUAGCAUUAAAUACAAAAAAGUCAUACACAAAAGAAUGUACAGGAAAAUAGAUUUUAUUGAGUAAACUUACUACAUUUCAUUUUUACUGUAGCAAUAUAUUUGUAGGAACAAUAUGUAAGGGCUUUAAAUACAAGAUGUCCAUUUUGCAGGUAUUGUGCUCCCUUUAAAACAAUUCUAGUCAGUAUCAGUACUGCUGAUUCUUAGAAAUACAAAACAUCAGAUAAGGAUUUUUCAGAGAGACAGGAAGACUGGUGGAAUUUUGCAAGCGUCAGUUCAAAAACUGUUAAUAUAUGGUAUUGAAUGAACGUAAAAACAAUGCUACAUGAGCCUUCAGAGAAAUAGCUAAUGAGAGUCAAAUUUCAUAUUCAUGUUUCAGGCAAUGUUUUAUAAACUUUCUCAAUAAAUCAAGAAGUUGCCAUUCUGUAUCUACAAAAGGAAAUAGUUAAUCUUUUAUUUAGAAAAGUUUUUUUUUUUUUUUUUAAAUAAUGCUUUAUUGUCUAACAUUUAGUCCUGUCUAAACUUGAUAAGUUAUCUGAUUGGAGCUUAUUAAAAGGGGGUGUUUCAUCUUCUGGUAUCAUGUGUAGAUAUAUGUAUAGAAAAAAAUAAACUAUGGCUCUUUAACUUC